AUGAAGACAUGGUCCAUCUGGAUCCUAUUGAAUUUCAUUCGGAGGAGGAACCUUAAAGAGCGUGUUGAUUCUUAUCAAAGAAAGACAGGAUUAACUGAGGCUGCUCAAACAGGUACAGGUCAACUAAAUGGUAUUCCCGUAGCAAUUGGGGUUAUGGAUUUUCAGUUUAUGGGAGGUAGUAUGGGAUCUGUAGUGGGCGAGACAAUAACACGUUUGAUCGAGUAUGCUACCAAUCAAAAUUUACCGCUCAUUCUAGUGUGUGCUUUCGGAGGAGCGCGCAUGCAAGAAGGAAGUUUGAGCUUAAUGCAAAUGGCUAAAAUAUCUUAUGCUUUAUAUGAUUAUCAAUCAAAUAAAAAGUUAUUUUAUGUAGCAAUCCUUACGUCUCCUACUACGGGUAGGGUGACAGCUAGUUUUGGUAUGUUGGGAGAUAUCAUUAUUGCGGAACCCAAUGCCUACAUUGCAUUUGCGGGUAAAAGAGUAAUUGAACAAACAUUGAAUGAGACAGUACUGAAGGGUUCACAAGUCUCUGAAUAUUUAUUCCAUAAGGGCUUAUUCGAUCUAAUUGUACAACGUAAUCUUUUAAAAGGUGUUCUGGGUGAGUUAUUUCAGCUUCAUGCUUUCUCUCCCUUGAAUCAAAUUCAAUCAAGUAAGCCUUAAUUUAAUACUCUACAUUUUUUUUUUUGUUUGAUGGUGAAAAAUAGUGAUUUCGCUUCAUAGUAUAAGAAUCAAAGUCAAAACACGAAGAAUGGAUUUCUCUUUUGUAACAUAGGAUUUAAUUCAAGAAAGAAUCAUGUGUAUAUAUAUUUUUUUAUUGAUAUUCCUGAUCUUGAUUCCUGAUUAGGAAUCAAGAACUCUCCAUCAAACAAAAUAAACAGAGUGAAUUCUUUCUCCCUUUUUCGUGAAAUUAGGCAAGAAAGUCCUGCGUCUUUCUAUAUCCCCCCAGAACCCUGGUUUUACUAAAAAUCCCUUGUCUUGGAUCAUAUUAUAACAAAUUAUUCGUUAAUUUAGAAGAAUCUUUUUCUUUAAUUUUAUUAAAUGAAAAUAUCAUUCUAAAGAAAAUAAAAUAAAA